AAAUCAUGAACGACAGCUCCAUCGCCCUCCAAGAGGGAUACCCCUGCUAUACAGUACACGGUGAAUAUUGUUCAUGCUAUCACUAGAAGUAGAUUCCGUUACAUGUAAAGCACUUUCUCUGCUGAAAUAGAUAGUUACGUUCUUUAGAUGGUCAUCGGUUGACAGAUAGCUUCCGUCGUUAUCAGGAAGGGAUGGACUGGGAACUGACAAAAGAGAACUGCGUCCCAGUUCGUCAGGGCCGUAGUAAAGCUGCCCUGCAGGAGCUGGCGGACCCAAGACUUGAGGGGCUUGAGGCAAAGCGGAGGGAGCUUUGGGCGGAGGUUACUGAUUAUAGGGGAGACGACCCGCUGGAGCCUUGGCAAAGGUAUAUUAAAUGGAUGCAAGAGUAUGGUGUGGGCGGUGGAAAGGCUGACCUCACUAAGGUGCUAGAGGCUUGCACCAAGGAGCUGCAGAAGUAUCCGCGCUACACGAAUGAUAUACGCUGUCUUCGUAUAUGGAUUCAAUACGCAGAUUGCUUGGCGGAUCCGGACGACGUCUUUUUGUUUCUCAAGGAAAAGGGUAUUGGCCGUGACUUCGCUUUGUACUACGAAGCUUAUGGUACUUAUUUUGAGCUGAAGGGCAACUUUCAAGCUGCUGAUGCUGUGUACAUGGACGGCAUCCAACGUGGCGUCAAGCAGUUAGAGCGUCUGAAACAAAAGCACAUGGCCUUCCAACAGCGUAUGGCGCAGCGCGUACAGCGCCGGAUUCAGGAUGAACAGGUCAUGGGGCCUCCGCCCCAAGAGCCCCUGCGCGUUAACUUGGGUACGAUAGGGACGAGGGCCGCUGCGCGAGGUCAACUGGGGCAGCAGCAGCAAAGUGCGGCCGGUAUCUUCAGUGUUGCCGCCGUGCCGCAACAGCCUUCCAGGCUGUUCGGACCUCGCCCAGGCGCUGUGCAGCAGGAGCGCGGGCAGCGGCCCUUCGUCGGGUUACAUGAGGAUGAGGAGUUUGUCAUAGGCGACAAUCCACGACCAUCACUACCGGGAUAUAGCAUGAUGCCCCAGGUCAUUGUGGAUCCAUGUCAAAUCUAUCUUGCGACGCAGUUGAACAAUCUGGGGGAGCUGCAACCAGUUGGUAUCAGGCGCAAGGAGAACUUGGACCGUGCCCUCGCAUGGAACCAGGCAGCUCUGCUCCCAGGUACUGCUGCAAGUGCCGCCGCGCCGGCCAGUACCGCAAGCGGUAUUCAGGUCUUCACCGACGAGGAGUUCCAGGACGGCGAAGCUAGGAGGGCUGGGUGUCUGGGGCAGCUGGAACAUGGCGCGCCGGCGGCAUUGGUGGGUCCAUCGACCGGCCAGUCACUGCUACUGCCAGGGGCCAGCAGGUUGACUGCCGGCGCUGCUUCUGGAGAUGUGGAUGCACUCAUGUUCAGUCUCGCUCCGCCGGUGACACUUCUACACGGCCUGCAACCAGGUCCCCCGCACUCAGUGUCCCAGUCGGUGGCUGCUCUCUCGAUUUCGGGAAAGCCAACUGUGGCACAGCAGUCGAAGGCGCCCCUAGAUGCUCAAUUCGCGUGGGCAGCUGCAGCAGGCCCGCUUACCGACGGAGGUGCGCUCAGCCGGGGUGGCCAUACCACCCUGCCUGGCGUGAUGCCCGCUGGGGCGCAAGCCGAGGCUUCAGCACCAUCAGUGACUGCCGCGGCAACGGACGGCAGCCAUGAGGAUGGAGGUGCUGAGGAAGAGAUGUCCUAUGAGGAGCUCAGGGCUGUGGCUUGGUUCCGGGGUAACCCGGCUCCCUCGCAUGAAAACCGAACGGGAGUUGUCGUGUACACGCCUUCCGGACUGGGCAGCAGCUCAAUGGCCCACGGUGCCGCGCAGCAGCCUGGCGCAGACCCGCAAAGGGCUAUCCUGCCUUUGCUGCCCCCAGCGGUCCGUAAUGGUGCCAACGGCGCGGAGAACGCUUCGGCAGCAGUUGUUGCCUGUGGCUCAGCCCGGGGAGAGGCAGCAUCAGCAAGCGCCGCACCACGGCGUGCUCCAUUCGGGCAAGUCAUUUCAGCUGUGUUGGGGGGAACAGGAGCGCCGAAACAGUAUAUGCAGAGCGACAACUGCACGGCUGCGCUUGAGAAUGGCUCGGCAAUUAGUAAUGGAGGUCAACAACGACGACCGCUAGCUGACGCCCCACCGGCCGCGCAGGCCCCUUCGGGCCAUCCGCCCAAUGGCUCCGUAGGUACCGUUUUCCCCACGACCCCACCAUUCGGGCUCCAAGACGACCCACCGCCGCAGCUGCCAAAGCCCACUAACAACGUCAGCACCAAGGUAUGUGACGAUGAUCCGCAACCUACGGUGACCAUCUCCACCCGGGGUGCCUUCGAUUUGAUCAACUCGCUUUUCAGUGAGGACCUCCCGCUUCAAAAUGAGCGCGCCGAACGAGGACAGCCGCGACCAUGCAGCACCCUGGCAGAUCCCCUGGCACCGCCCGCGGCAAUACAGCCGCCGGCGGUGGUGGUGGAAGCCAGACCUCCAUGGUUAGAGCCAAAAGCAGCGCAUUCGACUUCGCUUCCAGCGCCGAAGCAGCCACUUGCAGCUGAGCCGACGGUGACGCUUCACACCAAGCUGGCUUUCGAUGCAUUGAACGACAUGUUUUGCGACACGCUGCCACAUGAGGAAGCUCGCAAGCUCUCGCGGCGCCUGGCGUCCGAUGGUGGAAAUGGGACGAUGCCUAUGAAGCCCAUCAGUGCAUCGGACGUGUGCCGCCUAGCCAACGCCGCGCGCAGCUCCAGGGCGGCAGCCCCGGUCAUUGGCCGUAGGGAGCCGCUUUCCAGCAGCUGUGGCGGCUUUGGUGGGCCACAUUGCGGCGGCCAGGAAAUCAGCACGGUGACGGCGCAUGGGUUUAUAGCAACGGCAUCGAGCUUGGCCAUUCACGAGGAUACCUUCUUCCUGGGGCCCGCCACCGCGGCUGUGUGCGGCGACGCGGUCCAGGGUCCUGGGGGGCCCGCCCUCCAGGCUGGCCCGCCUCUAAGCCACGUGCACAACUCAGUGCACCAGCCGGAUAUGCGCGCCAUGUACGAGGACACAGAGUUCAUCCCCCGCGGCGGCAACGCCGUUUCCGCCAGCGGAUCUUUCAUCCUCGAGGACACAGAGUUUGUAACCCGACACCAUGGCCCUAGCAUGGCAGGCCCCAGCUUGGGCGGUUACGAAAGGGCCACCAAGGCUCAAGGCGACAGCCGCACUGGUACGGUUCCGACUACAGCACCGAAUGCACGGCCAGGACACAGGGAUUUGUGCGCGGUCAGAGGUGGUACUCGCGCCGCAACGAAUGGCUUCCAUCAGCGUUCCGCUCCGAAAAAGUCGUUGCAGGUGUACGAGGAUACGCACCUUUUCAUUUACAGCUCGGACCGCUCACAUGCUGUGGUGGUGCACAGCGCGGGACCUGCCGCCCACCUCAUGCCGCCCGGUCUGGUCAAUGCCGUAUGUCAUGGCGGCAGCCACUCGCUACUGUUCGAGGGGAAGAAGCCACUGAUCCACACCCAAGCGGCGCCCUUGGAGCCGCUCCCGCAUGACUGGUUUGCACUGGAUGCCGUUGAGGGCGCGGACAGUUUCCUACUGCUGCCGCUAGAGGGGCCGGAACAGCUAUACGGCAGCGUGCUGUUCUGCAUAAACGAAGCCGACGACGGAAGCUGUACCGGCAUGCACGCCAUACGGACGGCGUACGACCUGGAAGAGCUGGAGUUGCUGUCGCAGUACCUAUCUGUGGGCCUUCCCACGAGCGCGACUGACCUAGAAGUUCUGCAAGUGCUCUCAGACCGAGCUCCCCCCAACCCCGAAGCCGCCUCGGCUCCCCGGCGCUUCCACCCCACUGGCCGCCCCCGCCACAGCUCCCAUUCUACCCAUCUGCUGGUUCUCUGUUGCUUCCUGCCCGUGUCGGAUGUUCCCUCCCCCCGGCCACGUCUGGUUGCCAAUGCCGCCACACUCAUUCAGCGGUCGUUGACCAUCCAGGAGGCGGUGACGAGCCUGGUGGAGGCGCUGCACACGUGCAUGAGGUUGCGCACCCGGCUGGACCUGGAGUGUCUGCCUGCGGGUGUGUGGGGGGAAGGGUGGGAGGUGUCCUUCCGGAGCUUCCCCGUGGCCGCCUUCUUCCGCGCUCAGCCCUCAGCUCAGCAACCAACGAACACGCUGCUGGCGCAGAAGCAGGCGCUCAUAAUACAGCACCACCAGCACGCCGCCGGCUGCGACGCCGCAGCCGGCGGCAGCCCAUCAUCACGCAUCCUCUCAGGCGCCAAGUGGCUCAUGGACGACGCAUCGGUGCUGACGGGUCUCGGCUGCGGAUCAGGUCCUCUCUUCAUGUACGGCGCCGCCGUUCCGCCGGACAGCGAUACUGCCGCUGCUGUCGCUGACGUGCAGUUGCAGCAGCAGCAGCAGACGCCGUCUCGCGCCUGGCUGCAAGUGGCUACCUCUGCCGUACACAGCAGCAGCGGCACCGGCAGCGGUGUCCGUGCGCGACUUGCCGCGUGCGGCCAAGCGCUAGCGCAGCGUGAGAGCAUGGACGCGGCCACAAUUCCAAGUGGCGGUGGCGGCGGUGGCUCACAGUCCUUGCGGGGGCAGGUGUCCAUGGCGCUGACGGGGCUGACGGGGCUGCCGGCGGCGGCGGCGCCUGGGGUCCGGGUCCGGGCAACGACCGCGAUGCUGCACCAGACCCUUCUCUCGCAGCACAUAAACCUGCUCGCAGCCGCUGCAGGCACCGGCAACAGCAUCGACGGUCACGUGGGCCCAGGGUCGGCAAGGUCGGGUUUUCGUGCAGGUGCCGCCAACCAGCUACUGCCAACGUCAGUCGAGGCCGCGUCGGCGUUAAAUGCGGCUCUGGGGUCCAAGGGGUCGGAGGGUAGCAGGGGGGUGGGCUCCGUUGCGGGCAGCAAUCCGAAUACAUGUGUAGCGGCGGCGGCGGCGGCGGCAGUCACCUCCACCGCCACGGCCUCCCGACAGGCCGCCAACAUCGCUGUGGUUCCAAAUUGUGCAACCUUCCUCAUGGCAGACGAGCGACAGCCGUACAAAGAUAUACUGCAUGUGCAGCGAAUGCUGCCGCAAGCCCGCGCGCAUAGCUUGGUGCUGGUGGUUACUGGGCCGUUGGAGCGGCCGCAGUCACCGUGCAGCAGCAGCACCGAUGCGCAGCAGAUGCCCUUAACCGGCGACGGCGUCACCCCACGGAAGUUCAAGCAGCUCGAAUCCCAGCACCAGCAGGUGAAGCAGCAGGGCCGCGGCGCUGAUGCCCCGUUGUCCCAUAGGCCGGCCGCCCUGCAGCAGCCGUAUACACUGGGAGAGCCAUCAAUGGCUCCGGCGGCGGCGGUGGCGGCGGCGGAUGCUACGAAGCGCUGUUUGGAACUGUAUCGCGGCGGGUCGCUGCAUCUCGCGACGUCUGCCGCUGCGAACCGUGCGACGGCGGCGGCAGCAGCAGCAGCAGCAUCGGCUGCCUCACUGCCGUUGGUGGAUAUCAUAGCGCUGGACGCAACGGCGCAAAGCAGCAGCGCUGGGCUUGGCGGCGGCGGCGGCAGCGGCGCCCUCGCCACCUCGGGCGGCGCAUUGUCGUACCCUAUGGCGUGGCUGGCUGUGUACCUUGUAUCGUCGGAGAGCAUCCCUCGGGUCAUUUUGGAUCAGGUGGCAGAGGAGGCGCAUCAGCUGUUGCAAGUGCUCCAUCGACCCAUGGCCGCUGCCCUUACCGGGCCCUAUCUCGUACAGGAGUUCGUACGGUUUGCGAUGACCGCACUUGGAAAAGCCUCCGCGGCGGGUAGCGGCAUGGGUGGCGUUCCGGCGGCGGCGGCGGCGGGGGCGGCGGCGACGGCGGCCGUCCCCGUCCCCGUCAGCGCCGCCAGCAGCCUGCGGCCUCCGUCGCUUGUUGCGUCGCACUCUCUGUCUCACUUGCAUCCCAGUGCCCUUGAAGCCGGCAUGCAGACGCACAUCAGCACGGAUACGGCCGAUGAUGCCACGACCUUGUCAGUCGUUUUCGACGGCGCUGUCAACGCCAACACUGGCACCCUCAGCAUGAUGAUUUCCAGUAUGCGGGAUGUGCUCAGUACGGUUCAGCUGGAUCGCUCGCCUGACUUUAGACCCGCUGCACUGGAGGACAUUUACGCAGUUCGGCUCCUCCGGGUCAUCGGUCGCGGGGGGCAUGGUGUUUUUUCACGGGCGCGGUUGUACAACACCCCUGUGGCAGUCAAGAUAAUUCCGUCGUCCGACGACGCCGACGUGGCCGGGCCGCCGCACCCCCACCCCUCGGCAGCGGGUGGGGGUGGGGGUGGGGGUGGCGAUUCUGGCGGGGGUGGGGGUGGGGGUGGGGGUGGCGCGGACGGCGCGGAGGCGGCUCAGAAGCUCCAACAGCGUCAGAAGCGCUGGCUACUGCGGGACGCGCUGGAGGUCGCCGUGACAACCACCAUAAGCCACCCGCAUGUCGUACAGGUCCUCAACUUCUUCACAGAUGCGCUGGUGGUGGAGUACUCCCACAACCCGGGGCGGUACCGUCUGUUGCCCCGGGAGGAUAACCCCACGGGGGCGGCCAAAGAGUACUGUGACGCGGGAACCCUCAAGCAAGCCGUCGACAACGGCUGCUUCAGGCUGCAAAGGAAUGGGCAGCAGCAGCAGCUGGAUCCUGACGGCGGCGGCGGCAGCGCUGCUGAUAUGAUUAGCGGCGGCGGCGGCGGCCGCUCCAUCGCCGCGUCCGCCGCUGCGCUGGCUGCGGCUUCCCUCCCCGCCAUCCAGCCCCCCCUUAGCAUGGUGGCCUUGCUGACCAGCCUUUUGGAGGUCGCGGCGGGCCUGCGGCACCUGCACGAGAACCGACUUGUACAUUGCGACAUCAAGCCGUCCAAUGUACUGCUCCGUAGCUGUACGGCGGACACACGUGGCUGGGUCUGCAAGCUGAGCGACUUUGGUUGCGUUCGUUUGAUGACGGAGGUGGACCCCGCCACUGGCCGCCCCGCCUUCCUCUCCCUGUCCCCGGUGGGCAGUCUGAGCUACAUGGCCCCGGAAAGCAUGUUCCGAGACACGUAUCUGGACACGUCCAUUGACAUCUACAGUUUCGGCAUAAUGAUGUGGGAGUGCGCCAUGGGCCAGCUGCCUUACGCGGGGGUUUCGGCGCAGCAGUUGCCCUCCCUGGUGCGGCGCGGUUUGCGGCCCUCCUUCCACCCUGGCGUGCCGCUGGAGUACAGGCAAAUCGCAUGUGUCAGCUGGGCCCAGGACCCCCGCCGCAGACCCACCGCUGCAGCUCUGGUGCAACUGCUGCAGCGCCUGCUGGUCCGAACCUUGGAGGAGGUGGACAUGCGGGAGGUCAUCACCACCGUGCGGCAACAACAGCAACAGCAACAGCAACAUGCAAACGGGGAUGCAGCGAGGUGCAUGGUUAAGGGCCCCAUAGAGGCGUAUGGGGCUACCUACGCCGAGGGGUGCUGGGCGAGGGGCCUGACUAUUUUUACUGUGGUGCAGAACGGGACGUAUGCGGAGGAGCAGCUGCUUCGCUGCCCACGAGUUGAGUACGUCAACCGCAUCUGGGGGGUGGUACUUGGUGUCGCCCGUGGUGGGGAGUAUGCGGUCGCGGCCAAGGCCGUGGAGGGAGAGGCCCAACCCGAGGCCGAGGCAGCCGCCCUCCUGCGCGCCACGUCCCCAACAGAUGGCCUGAGGCGCCCGCCAGCUGACUCCCAGGACCCCUUUGGCAGCAUCCAAGCCUGGAUUCAAACACAACAUACUGAAGGCAUCGUCAUUCGUCGGGAGACGUGGGAGAAGCUGCUGGGCCGUGUCCGCACAGCGGCGCAAGCGGGUGGGGCGCUGGAGCUGCUGCUGCGCGACGCCAAGGUCCGCGACUCGUCAGGCUGGGACUGGGCGACACACGGCUACGGCCAGACGGCAUUCCAGCUGGUGCAGGUGGCGGCUGAGGCUGGCGCCCCCGAGGUGGCGGAGCGGCUGUUGGAGCAUCGGGAGGAUCUCCACCUCACCCUCAACAAGGAGCUGGUGCCCUCCCUGAUUCGCAAAGUGGCCGGGGCGACAACCGAAACGGAGUCCGCCAAAGGCAAUGGCCGUGGCGACGUCGACGUCGACGCCUGCGUCGAGGUUGUACAGCGGCUGUACGAGCAGGAGGCCGCCUACGAGCUGAGCCGCGUGCUGCGCCGUGCGGGUGACGUGCAAGGGGUCAAAUCGCUCCAUGCGCAGAUGCGGCAGGAGGGCCUGGCCGUGCGGGACCGUCUGUUGGAGGACAUUGAGCGCUGGCUGGCAAAGCGGGGCGUGCGAGUAGCUGCAUACGCCGGGCGACACAGCCGAGGAUCUUGCCCUGCACCGAAGCACCGCGAGCUGGCCCCACAUGCCACAUGCCUGCCGGGUUCCCUUGAAGUACCGCCGGUACAGAUGAAAGUGCGCACAGACCGAGGCCAUUUCCAUUUGUGGUCUACUGCAAAGGCAAAAAUGGCAUGUGUGGUGCAGCAAAAAGCGUACGCCGUUUAUCCCGCUUGCGAUGUCGUCCCAGCAUUAUAA